AUGGGCGGUAAGAUGGCGGAGACCUAUGUCACAGUGGUACACGACCUCGACAUGGCGGCGCAACAAACCUCUGUCAUCGAGAGUCGGGUAGAAAUUCUUGCCACCAAUGAUGACGAUGUCGUGGUGCCUAGUGGGAGAUCCCCCGAUCUUAUAGCCGGCAAAACCUCCAUGAUGUCUAUGGUGAAGAACUUAGUAGAGAUAGAGAUAGAGAUAGACAAUGUCAUCACCACCAUGGACUAA